GCUCGCAGACGGAGGUGGUGGGCAGCGCGCGCCGAGGCUUCAAGGCUCGUUCCCAAAAGUUGGAUCUUGACAUUUAAAAAGCGUCGUGGCGUUUCCUGUAGCUCACUUUGGGUUCUCAAGCUCGCUGUUCCAGACAUGCACCCGGCUCUGAAACAGUUUCACUGAAGGUGUGAGAGCGAAUAGGAUGCGCGUCUUCUCCAGCCGAGCGCGCGCAGUUUGAUAAAUCUCUCCCCACAGCUGAGCUGGACUCACCCCGGAUCGAGUUCUAAUUAUAGGGCUCAUUCAAGACUUUUCUGGACAUAGGUAUUUAAUGCCACGGAAAUGGGCUCGCACCACCGAGGGAACGCGCACGCACUCUGCAGGAAAAGUUGUCUCUGCACGGCGUUGGUCCUCUGGCUGGCUGCGUUUGUGAACGCGACCUGGAGGACGGGACUUUAUAAGACACACUCAGCAGCCGCUCACACCUCAAUCUAUCACAAAAGGAACUGGUGUCCUCAUACAGUGACUAAGACGGUGACCUGCCAGGUGCAGAACGGGACCGUCCUCCAGCGGGUGUACCAGGCGUGCCGCUGGCCUCAGGGAUGCUCAGGAGGCAGCUACAAGACAGUGGUGAGACCUUCAUACAAAGUGGUGUACCGCACUGUGACCUCCACAGAGUGGAAAUGCUGUCCAGGAUUUAGUGGCACUGCUUGUGAGGAAGAUGGAAGGAACCAGCUUGUAGCUCAAGAAGCAGUGAGGAAUCCCACCACUCAUCGGCGUCCCUUUGCACGCGCAGGAGAAUCGAUUUCAAAUUGUCUCAACUGCAGUCGAAUCACAGAUUUGAAUGAGAGGAUGAACUCACUGGAGGCAAAGGUGCAGUUACUCACAGCACCAGCUGCUGUUUCACAUCGUCACUUACAGAGCAAAGGAGGAACUCCAGAGAAGUCACUGCUGAUGGGAGCAGCUCCGGCUCAGGGAGCUCCUGGUGAGCAGGGACCUGCAGGUCCCCAGGGUGAAAAGGGGAGAGAUGGGCUUCCUGGCAGAGACGGAAAGUCAGGGUCUCAAGGGCUGCCAGGUCCCAACGGGCCUCCAGGGGAAACUGGGGCAAGGGGUCCAUCUGGAGCUCCUGGCUCAAAGGGACUUUCAGGACCAGCAGGACCUCGUGGUCCACCAGGACUCCCAGGAGAGAGAGGUCUCCCAGGUCUGCCUGGGCCACCCGGGCCACCAUCGCCAGCCAGCGCCCGUAUCCCAGAACCAGACCACAACCGCUGCAUCGACCACCAAUACCACAGCUAG